ACUGGAUGGAGAUAAAAACGACCUGGAGUGGAUCAGUUUUUAGAAGCAGUUGCCCCACCUCAAUUUGAAAUUGUGAUUUAUACAGCUGAACAAGGAAUGACAGUAUUUCCUAUUUUGGAUGCACUUGAUCCAAAUGGCUAUAUAAUGUAUAGAUUAGUUAGAGACGCUACGCGUUUUGUGGAUGGACAUCACGUUAAAGAUCUGGGAGCUCUCAAUCGUGAUCUUAAUAAAGUUAUUGUUAUCGAUUGGAAUGACGAGAGUGUAAAAUUACAUCCAGAAAAUGCAUUUAAACUUCCUCGAUGGACGGGUAACGAUGAUGACACUACGUUAUAUGACUUAGCGGCAUUCCUCAAAACGAUAUUAACAUCAAAUGUACAAGAUGUGCGAGAUGUGUUAAAUUACUAUAGACAGUUUGAUAAUCCCUUGGAAAUGUUUAAAGAAAAUCGACGAAAAUAUUUGCAGAUGCAAAUGGAAGAAGAACAAAAUAAGGCGCAACAGGACAGCAGUAAAAUACUUACUUCGAAAUGGAAACCAUCUUUUCUACGAAACCGCUAGUCAAAAGAAAUCAACCGCAUUAAAAUUUGUAAUAUUGGAUCACUGAAGUGCACAAGAUAUUCAAUUAUUUUAUAGCGACUGAUAUUGUGCAUAAUGAUUAUCAUUUAAUUUUUAUUAAUAAAAUACAAUGUUAAAUGAUGUUCUCAA